UACGUGCUAGUUUACGUCCUGGGCGCGUGAGAAGCAAGUAGAGGACGAAGGACUCGCUUGAUGGUGGAGGAGAUUCCAGCAAAUAACCUGUUAGAACCAUUUCGAAUUCACAGUAAAUAUCUACAACAGGCAAGAAAAUCGACGAAAUGAAAUUGCUGUGGGGUUUCUGUACCCUGAUAUUGUGCUUGUACCGAGGCAAUGCCCUUGCAGCUGGCUAUAUUAAGUCGCCCCUAUCCCAGAUGAAACUCAUUGAGCAAAGUGCGGAGCUGCACUGUGAGGUGACGGGGGACCCCAUUCCCGAGGUGCAGUGGUGGUUCAUAGAAGCUGAUGAGCUCGACGAGACCAUGACACAGCUGUUUGACGGUGCGCGGGAAGACCGGGUCGCGAUCAAUGCCACCUACAUCCAGCAUGCCACCAGCACCAUUCACCUUUUGAACCUCACGCUCAAUGACUCGGGCACGUACGAGUGCCGCGCCUCCAACGACCCAGACCGCAAUGAGCUGAAGAAGUCACCCAAAAUCAAGUGGAUCCGCUCACAGGCUAACGUUAUAGUGUUUGAAUAUCCCUUAAUUGUGACUCAACCUAUGGAGGUGCGCAACGAGACCUCUGCCAUUCUCUCAUGCAACCUCACCAACCCCCUGUCCACCGUCAAGGGCCAUUACUGGAUGAAGAAUGACAAAGUGAUUGACGGGACCAAGCAGGACUCUAAUGCUCUCUAUACCGAGCUCAACUUAGUUAGAAUAGAUUCUCGUUCCGGUGGAGUGUAUGUGUGCGUCUUCCUCUCUGAUCCUGAGGUUAAGAAUGCCAUUGAAGUCAAGACUGUUCCUGAUGUCUCUGCCUACAAGCAUUCAGAGUACGGGAACGAGAAGGACAAGGGGGUGAUGGUGUGUGUCAGCCAUGGAUACCCCCUCCCCACUGACUGGAAGUGGUACAAACAGGUUGACAGUGGUGAUAAAAUGGCCAUAACCAAUGGCACCGACAGGUAUACGAUCAAGAGCACUCCUAACAGGACCACUCUGACCAUUGAAGACUUGGACAUUGAUAACGACAUGGGUGACUACAUUUGCUACGGCGAAAACGACAUCGGCCAAGCCUCUGACAAGAUCUACCUGCGCGUCCGCAGCCGCCUGGCAGCCCUUUGGCCCUUCCUGGGCAUUGUGGCCGAGGUGAUCAUCCUGGUCACCAUCAUCUUCAUCUACGAGAAGAGGAGAAAGCCAGAUGAGAUCAACGACGAUGAAGACUCAGGAUCUGCUCCACUGAAAAGCAAUGCUGCCGCAAACCACAAGAACAGGGAUGUCAGGCAAAGGAACUCAAACUGAGAGCCUAACGGCCAUCUUCUAGGAUCCAUGAAGUCCAUUGGGUUGCUGAGUGCCACCAGAUUUAGUGCACCCUGCUAAUUCCAAUGUGUUUAUGUCCUGAGAAAUGGAAUGACUUUCUUCUCGCUUCUACUUCUCUCAAUAUUGUGCCGCCAGGGAACAUUUAGUUUUUAAAAACAAAUGCAUGUAUUUUAUUGCUGUCCUAGAUGUUUGUUCACAGUGUAAACUAUUACUGUGGUAUAAUCUGUUUUUGUAUGUGUGGAUGCAAAAAAUUAUUAAAGCAGCCUUUUCUUUUUUUUUUUACCUCCACAUUGUAGACAGUUCAGAAGCCGUAUGUUGCAUUAAUCUGAUUAGUACAGUAUUGUGACUGGGUGUGUACAAUUGAAGUUAAAGUAUGUUGCCAUAUUGAAUUGUUAGACCUGUAAUUUAUUUUGCCUAUUAGUAACCAAGAAAGUAGAUUUAACAACACUGUAAACUGUACCAACUUGCACAAUCUAAAUAAAGAUAUUUGAUUUUAA